AUGGCAACUGCAAGAGCUCUAGCCAUCAUGGCAAUCUUGCUCCUAGUGGUGCUCUCGACCUCCCACAUUGCGUCCUCACUCCACCCAACCCUCGGUGUUUGCCGUGCAAGCGGCUACCUCCCGGGGAAGUCAGGGAAUUGUGAGAAGAGCAAUGACCCAGACUGUUGUGAGGAUGGCAAGAGGUACCCACAGUUUCAUUGCUCGCCACCGGUCACUGCGAGCACAAAGGCCGUCCUGACACUCAAUAGCUUCGAGAAGGGCAAGGACGGAGGUGGUCCAUCAGAGUGCGACAACGCCUACCAUAGCGAUGAGGAGAUGGUUGUUGCACUCUCCACCGGCUGGUUCAAGAACAUGGGCCGUUGCGGGCACCGUAUCAAGAUCAAUGCUAAUGGCAAAUCCGUGUAUGCCAAGGUGGUGGACGAGUGCGACUCCGUGUAUGGAUGUGACCAAGAUCACAAUUAUGAGCCCCCUUGUGCCAACAACAUUGUGGACGCCUCUCCGGCAGUGUGGAACGCACUAGGGCUCGACCAGAACGUUGGCAUGGAGGGUAUCACUUGGUCCGAUGGCGACAACUGA